AUGCAAGAAAAGCCCAAGCCACGCUUAGAUGCAAUAUUCAAGGUCACAGAAGAUGUCAUUGUGAGCUGCCAGGCUGCCAUAAACUGCAGACGCUGCAAGAUCGGACCCGUGGAUCUGGUUUGCAUUGUGGCAGUGUUCCAACAAACUGCUGCGUGCUUCGAUCAUAUUGCGAAGUCAAGCCUGGAUGGCAGCAUGAAAGUCGGCGUCGGCAGCUAUGAGGUUUCUGUGACGGACGAUAUCAUGUUCAAGCGCAUGCUGGUCAUGAACCAUAUCAAGCAAGCCAAUAAAUUGUUGGAUUCAAUGAACACCCUCGGCCAAAGUCUGUUCUUGUCGCAACAUGGUCUGCCACGCAACACGAUGAAUCGCUCUCCAGCCUGUCUCAACCAACUAAAUUGA